CAUUUUCGACCAUACUGAAAAGCAACCGCAUCCAAAUCCGCCCUACCCUGGCAACAAGGGAAAUCGUUCCCUUUGAAGACGAAGAUCGCCUCUAAUGUCGGAACAAUGACUGAGAGAAAAGAAGUCGAAAUCCAACGCCUUCCUGAAGAUAUUCUCGCAUGGGAGGUUAAUUAGCUGUUCUAUCGUGUCUCGAGAGAGCAAACCGGAAGGAGAGAGAUGAAUAGGAGGCACAGCAGCACAGAUGUCAGGCAUGUAAAACCGCAGAGCUGCAAAGUAAUACAACCAACAUUUUACGAGAACAAACUGAUCGUUACGCUUUUUCCUCACCUCACCACCGUCCGCACCUCUCGCCCCCUCUCUCUCUCCACCACCGCGCGCUACACUGCAACGACACCGCACCGAGCGCGCCAGACUCAAAUUCUCGGAGCUUUAAUGGUUCUCCGCUAAAUUAUACCCCCCGUCUCCGCAAUCUCAGAAGUGCACAAUUUGUGUAAAUGAAGUGAGCAGAGGCCCUGGUACAGGAAUCUUGAGAAAAUUAUAUUUUGGUGGCUUUGCUUCAUCUGGAAAGGCUUUUUCUUCCUUGCUUCUUUAUUAAAGAGAUGGGAAGGGUCAAGCUAAAGAUAAAGAGGUUGGAGAGUAGCAGUAAUCGGCAAGUAACCUAUUCCAAACGUAGGCAUGGAAUACUGAAGAAGGCCAAGGAAUUGUCUAUCCUAUGUGACAUAGAUAUUGUCCUUCUCAUGUUUUCUCCAACUGGGAGGCCUACGUUAUUCCAUGGAGAUCGCAGUAACAUAGAAGAUGUCAUUGCAAAAUUUGGCCAAUUGACUCCGCAGGAAAGAGCAAAAAGGAAAUUGGAGAGCCUUGAAGCAUUAAAGAAGACCUUUAAGAAGUUGGACCAUGAUGUGAAUAUACAAGAGUUUCUGGGUGCAAGGGCCCAAACUAUGGAGGAGUUAACUGAUCAAUCCAGACUAAUGGAAGCCCAACUUACAGAAUUACACAAUAGACUGAGCUGUUGGGCGAAUCCAGAUAAGAUUGAUAGCUUAGAACAGAUUCAGCAAAUCGAAGAUUCACUUAGAGAGUCACUUCGCCGAGCCAGUCUGCAUAAGGAAAACAUGAAAACAAAACAGCGUAUGUCCUUGGAUUGCUCUAACCAGUUCCAAAAUGCGAUUCCAUUUCAUAUGAUGAUGAAUGGUAUGCACGAAACCUAUUCUAUGCCAUGGCUUGCAAACAGUGGCAACCAAACUCUCGUCCUAAUGAAUGAGCCAAAUGCAUCAUCGCAUCAUAGAAACAUGGAAUGCUCCAGAGAGUCUUCAGCCCCUGGCUACCCCAGUUUCUGUAGUUCUGAGAAACAACCAGAGAAGGGAAACCCUGGAUUGAUGAAUAGCAUGGGGCAAGAAGGCAGUCAAUUUGAUUUAGGUAGCAGUUCUUGCUUAAGUUUACAACUUGGAGACCAAUUUCCCUACACUUCAUAUGGUACUUUGGAUUUAGCCGAAGACAAGAAGCUCGAGCUGCAGAUUCAAAAUAAUGCAAAUGGAUAUCCUGGCGUGUAUCGGGUUAAUAGUGAGGUUGAACUCCCAAGACCUAUGUAUGAAAAUGAGCACAAUGUUUGGACUUCUACGGCAGGACCUUCUGGUGUUGCACUUUUUGACCAGAACCCUUACCCUCAGGCCAAUAAUGUGUUGUGAAAGAGGUUCUUUUGAAUGAAGCAGUUUAACUUUGCGCCGGCUGUACCAUAUCAAUACAUCAUUAGUGUUCUCUAGUUGCAGAUGAUGUUUGUAUAUAUGUGAAAUGUAUCGGUUCAGGCAAUCGUAGCAGCAAUGCCUGAGUCAAUGUGUAUAAUCAUAGCAUAGUUAGCUUUGUAGGAAGUGAGCCCUGUUUGGAGGUGGUAGUGGGAGCUCCAGUUGCAGUUCCAAUAGUGUUUUCAAUUUCCCGUUACAUUGUAAUCUCUAGGGGCUUUUCCCGGCUCCUAAAGUUAACAGAGAGAUCUUCCAUUUUUCGAAGAGUUAAAGUCUCAUAGCCACUAGGAUGAUGAUAGGGGCCAGUGAGAAGAGUAAUAAGUACUGGAAAGUAAAGUGAGAAUUCAGAAACGAAUGUGGUCUGGUCGCCACCAUCUUUCCUUGGUUGUUACUUGCCCUGUACAUUAAAGGUUUUCUCUUGCAGUUGCCAUACACCACCACACCAAAGAUCAAAACACUUUUCCUCUCACAAACCAAGAGAGCCAGUUCCACAGAGAGUACCCAAAAAAGGAGGCUGGCGGAAUAUUAAUAACCCAGAUUAAAUCUAGUUGCCACUCAAUGUUUGUACAAUGGUGUUGUGCCAUGGAUCGGACAAGUGCUGCAACAAGUUCUCAAACGGCCCUUUCCCGGUCACAUUGUGUUGGAUCACAAAUCCCAGGAAUGCCAACAUUGCCAAUCUCCCUGCAAAAUUCAGAUUCCCCAUUCAGCAAAAUACAGAACAAAGUUGAUGCAUAAACAAAAUGCUAACAAUUUCUGAAAAUUUGAGUACCGUUGGCAAGCUCUUUCUCCUUGGCUUCCGGAGUGGGGGCGAAGUUGAGCGGGUUGAAGAUCCCACCCGGGUACCCGACUUCAUUUGGAGGCAAGCUGUACUGCUUGAAGAUCGGGUCCUGAUUCACGCUACCGGGGUUCUUGAUGUCCUGCCACCUUCUGAUCUCCACGUAAUGGAACAGGAUGAACUCGAUCACGAACAGAGUCGAGGACGAUGCGAAGUACUCCUGCUUCCCAGCGUCGUACCAUUCGGGGACGUUGAUGAUUCCGAUCUUGGUGAACACCUCCGGCAGCAGCAUCCCGGCGACUCCCAACAUCGCCCAUCGCCCGUUCACCAGCUCUGCCUGCACGAACCAUUUCAGGUUUUCUGGGUCCUCCGCCAGAGCCAGCGGGUCGAACCCAUUGUCACCCGGCUCACCUUCCGCUGAGGUAAGCCGGGGAAGGGAGACCGGGCAACCAUUCGCCUUUCUUGGCUUCCACUUUCAAAGAAGAGGAGGCCGAAGCAGCCACUGGUUUAAUGGCCACUUCUCUGGUAAGUCUGCUCGGAGACCCGGUCAGGAACCUUGAUUUGGAAGCGCAUGGCCGGAACACGGCGGCGGAAGCUUGAGUUGUGACAGUCGCCAUUUUCCUUGGAGGGUCUCCGGCGAGUGGUGGUGGUGGCAGUGAGAGUUAAGCGAUGGGCGAACGAGUUUGUAGUGGUUUGAUUUGUAUCGGAGUCCGAAAAUGUGGUGGGUAUUAGUACAGUUGCGCCAAAGAAUCAAAAAUUCGGUCUACUUGUGGCUGAGGUUGGUGAUUAACAGGGGACCGUCGAUUGGGAGAGAUAUUGUUGAUCGGACGGUGGAGUGAUUUGGG